AUGCUUGCAAUGGGGACAGCAUUGCCUACAGCCAUGGCCAGCACAGUAAGCUCCAGUACCAGCACUUCCAGCUCAGAACUGUCUUCACUGUCAGAGAACAUCAAUAAUGCUGCUGACAUCUCUGUCAUUGUCAUCUAUUUCGUGGUGGUGAUAGCUAUUGGAGUAUGGGCAAUGUUGAAGACAAACAGAAGCACUGUUGGAGGCUUCUUCCUGGCAGGUCGAGCUAUGACCUGGUGGCCGAUGGCUGCCUCUCUGUUUGCAAGCAACAUUGGCAGUGGCCACUUUGUGGGCCUAGCUGGGACAGGUGCAGCUUCAGGAAUUGCUGUUACAGCAUUUGAAUCACAUUCGUUUCUCUUGUUGCUGGUUCUGGGGUGGUUUUUUGUCCCCAUCUACAUCAAGGCAGGGGUGAUGACCAUGCCAGAAUACCUCAGGAAGCGGUUUGGUGGGAAGAGGCUUCAGAUCUACCUAUCAGUCCUCUCCCUCUUCAUCUGCGUGGCUUUGAGGAUCUCAUCAAACAUAUUUUCUGGAGCCAUAUUCAUAAAGCUGGCAUUCGGAUUGGACCUUUACCUGUCGAUCUUCAUCCUUUUGGCUAUCACUGCUGUUUUCACAAUCACUGGGGGCUUGGCAUCCGUGAUUUACACAGAUACUCUCCAGGCCAUUAUCAUGCUGAUUGGAUCUUUCAUCCUCAUGGUGUUUGCAUUUAUUGAAGUUGGAGGCUAUGAAAAUUUCACAGAGAAGUACAUGAAUGCCAUCCCAUCUGUAAUUGAGGGGGACAACCUGACAAUCAGCCCCAAGUGCUACACUCCUCAGCCGGACUCCUUCCACAUCUUCCGAGAUGCUGUCACUGGAGACAUUCCAUGGCCAGGAACUGCAUUUGGAAUGGUUAUUACAGCUUUGUGGUACUGGUGCACAGACCAGGUCAUUGUACAGCGCUGCUUAUGUGGCAAGAACAUGUCCCAUGUGAAGGCUGCCUGCAUAGUGUGUGGGUACCUGAAGCUGCUGCCCAUAUUUUUUAUGGUAAUGCCAGGGAUGAUCAGCCGCAUCUUGUACACAGAUAUGGUGGCCUGUGUUGUGCCUUCUGAGUGUGUAAAGCAGUGUGGUGUUGACAUUGGCUGCACCAACUAUGCCUACCCUAUGAUGGUGCUGAAACUGAUGCCCAUGGGACUUCGAGGCCUGAUGCUGUCAGUCAUGGUGGCCUCUCUUAUGAGCUCCCUGACCUCUAUCUUCAACAGUGCCAGUGCCCUGUUCACCAUGGACCUCUACACCAAGAUUCGGAAGAAGGCAUCUGAGAGAGAGCUCCUGAUUGCUGGACGGCUGUUUGUCACUGUACUAAUUGUCACCAGCAUCUUGUGGGUGCCGAUAGUAGAAGUAUCUCAAGGUGGACAACUGAUCCACUACACAGAGUCCAUCUCCAGCUACCUUGGGCCUCCAAUUGCGGCUGUCUUCCUGCUUGGCAUCGUCUGUAAAAGGGUCAAUGAACAAGGUGCAUUCUGGGGUCUGAUGGUUGGACUCGUGAUGGGCCUUAUCCGUAUGAUUGCAGAGUUUUCUUAUGGGACAGGGAGUUGCCUGGUCACCACUAACUGUCCCAAGAUCAUCUGUGGAGUGCACUAUCUAUAUUACGCCAUCAUUCUCUUUUCUGUGUCUGUGUUGGUUACUCUGGGAGUUUCUUUCUUAACAAAACCCAUUCCUGAUGUACAUCUGUAUCGCCUGUGCUGGACUCUUCGGAACAGUGAGGAGGAGAGAAUCGAUUUAGAUGCAGAAGAUAAAAGGGAGGAAGGAGCUGAUAAUGAGACUGAAGAGGACCAAACUGAAAAACCUCGUGGAUGUCUCAAGAAGACUUAUGACUUAUUCUGUGGCUUGCAAAAAACAGGACCCAAGCUGACUAAAGAAGAGGAAGAAGUCUUGAAGAAGAAACUCACAAACACAUCAGAGGAGCCCUUCUGGAGGACUGUUGUGAACAUCAAUGCCAUUGUCCUCCUGACUGUGGCAGUUUUUUUCUAUGGCUAUUUUGCCUGAAUUCUAUCUCAGUCACAACAA